GUCGCCGGUGGAUCCUCAUCGAGAAUUUUUAGACAUGGAUACGGACGAGGAAGAUUUUGGUCGACAAGGUCUUUUUCUUCUAACAAGCUCGUUCCCCUUCGGACCGACAUUUGUCCAAUUGACUAAUCGAGAGUCCCGAGACCGAAGAGGAGCUCUCCUCCGAACCAAUCAAACCGGUCUAUGAUCAACAGGACUUGGAUAAAUUGUAACACAAAAGUGCUGCUACACUCUUACUGGUCCUUCCCACUUGCCUCGUACAAGUUGAAUUUUCAUCUCUUUAACGAUACAUUUUUGUGUUCAAGACAGGUACAAUAUGUGAAAGAUCUCACCAUUCUUCCUUCCAUCGAGGACUCGGACUGGAAAGAGGAUUGUUGUACGAUAAUUCGCGAAUACUUCGAGAAUCCAGCUUGCACAUUGUUAUGCAUAUAUUUCCAAGUUGAUACGUUGAAGGCGCAAUUAAGCAUCUCGGACGCGAACCAAAGCGAUUUCGUGUAUUUCUCGCGAAUACCCUCGCAUGUGUUCACCGUCGACAAUUUUCAUGCAACGGUCACCUUCGGCAGCAUCAAUCGUAACGCAAUGGUGUGCGUGUUGAAAGUAAUGGAGAACAUGUACGUGCCCAUCGCGCGCGACACUGGCGAAUGGCCAGAUAUUAUCCGAAACGAUCUGUUUUUCAAUCUACACAACUUUCUCAUGUGCUUAACCGAAUGGGUUUAUAAGCCAAUGGGUUUGACCAAGUUGUACGUCCCAGCAGAGAAUCUGUCCGAUGUCGCAACAUCACCGAGAAGCAGACAGCCGAAUUUUACAGAAACAAGUGGUCCACAUAUCUCGGAAAAAUUGCGCGAAUCGGAAAAGGCAUUAAUCGAUAGAUUUGAAAGAAUUGCACGAUAUUGGGUCAAACAGAUACGACAAGUAUUGGCGAGCAGAUCCACGAGCAAAGGCGAACGAACCAUAUUUGAUGAGUUACAACGUUGGACAGCGAGAUACUUUAAUUUAUGCUGUUUGCACGAUCAGUUAUCGAGUACGGAAAUUCGAUCGAUAUUACAUCUGUUAAAGAACGUUUGUUCACCGAGCGUCGACUCCUUUCAACUGUUGACAUUACAACUUCGUGAAGAAUUGGAACAAGCAGCGUCCAACAUAACAUAUCUGAAUGUUCUGUCAGAAGCUUGUAACAAUCUGAAAUGUCCAGGCGAGAUUGAAGAGCCUGUAAUGAAAAUACUGUUUUUGAUAUUGUUCAUCUGGACAGAAUCUUCAUUUUAUAAUCUGUCGAGCAACACAGAGGUACUUUGUGAGGCUAUAAGCACUCAAAUAGUACAUCAAUGUAAGGAUUGUAUCAAUUUACAAGUGAUACUAGAAGGCGAUGCGGAAAAUGGAAUAGAUAUACUUCGAAAAUGCAUCUCUUGCUGCGAAACAUAUAAAACGACCUAUACUAAAAUUACGAAGAUAACUGCGCUGAUUCGAUCGAAUACCACCUGGGAUGUGAACAAACACUUGAUAUUUAAUUAUAUUGAUACGUUUAUGCAAAGAUGCCGCGAUAUCAUUGAAAUAUGUGAUUCUUCGAUAGUAUUUGGAAGGUGCAAUAAAGUGGGAAUAAUCGGCGGUCCAAGAGGUAUAGAGUACGAUGCCUACUGUCGCCAAAUAGAGAGCCUAUUUUAUGAGAGUCUCGAUGAAAUCAAAUUGAUCCGAGACGACAUUUUGAACGUUACAAAAUCUUCGUGGCUAGAAAGCAUGCUCAAGUUUAGGAACUUUGUGGUGGAAUUGGAGGGCAUGGUCAAAACUUUGAUCGACCGCGUAUUCGAAGAGAUCAAGACCGUCGAGGAAGGCGUCGAGGCUGUUUAUGCCCUACAACGUUUUAAACAUAGAGAAUCUUUGCGAGACAUAUUAUCGAAGAAAUGGGUGCAGGUGUGGAAAGUAUUUGGUAAAGAAAUUGAAAGUUGUAGCAAUAUUAUGACCUUUCAUGAAACGUAUUAUACACCGUUUCAAUGUUACUCGGAAGAUGUAAUUAUACUAUGCAUUAAGCAAUAUUUAGAACGUUUGUUUCACAUGAUGAUGGACAUGUCUGAUUGGAUGGGAGAUUGUUCGGCUGAGAAUUACAUAUUGGAGCAGUAUAAGCGAGUGAUGACAUGUCGAUCAUAGUGGCAAAUGAGUGUCAUUGACAAUAAAAUGACCUAAUUAAUUUUGAGACAAAUUCGGUAACAUGUAUUGAAAUAUUGUAUUCCAGACAAAAUAUAAAGAUGGAAACUAAAGAGUGACUGUAAAAAGAACGGGGUUUUCGCCUGUUUUGCGGCCCUCGAUUUCGGGAUCGAUUCAUAUGCGAAUCAACUCCUUAUGAUAAGAUAUUAAUAGAAAAAAAGUUUCAACUUAAGGUGACAUUUAGUUUUAGAGAUAUGAGUAUUGAGACUUUCGCUUCGCGCUACUCGUCCAGGUGUUUGUGUGAGAGAGGAUCGAAGAGGGCAAGAGAAUUGCACUAAAUUAGAUAUCACUUAUACUUUAUUUUACACAGUGAAUAUUCGAACUUGUGCGUUGCGCACCGGCUUGACGAACACACAGUAAGAAGAAGGCGGAUGUACGUUCUCGCCCUCUCGACGUUUUCCGCUAAUACUAAUAAUCCCGAAUAGAGCCAAAAUUAUUCUGUU